AUGAUUGAAUCAACGAUGAGCGGCGCUCCGGUCGCCGAAGAUAACAUUAUCAAUCGGCGUGGUGGGGAGUCUAUCUAUCAAAGCUGUGUCAACCUGAAACGGAGACUCUCCGAGGUUCCCAACUUUGAGCCAUACCUGCAAGAAAUGGACGAGGAUGACGCUCUAAGAGGAAACACCGAUCCGGUGGCCUCUUUGUGGAACUGUCUUCGGAAUGGCUACCCUCUGUUAAGCAUUUACAAUGCAUCUGGCCCCGAUGAUAAGCUGGAAAUCGACCCGAGCAAGGUCACAGAGGGAAAGCGUCCCAAGGCAGCAACCUUCAAGUUCCUCCAGGCCUGCCUGCAGGAUCUGGCGUUUCCGCAGCAAGACUGCUUUUUGAUCACCGAUCUUUACGGUGAAAGUACAACAGGGUUUAUCAAGGUGAUCAAGAUGGUGAACCGCGUUGUGGACAUUCUCGAAAUGCAAGGCCAGUUGAAGGAACCCGAAGUUACAGAGACACCCACCGGGGCCAAGGCCCACGUGAAGCUCACCAAACGGGAGCACAUUCUCAAGGAGCUUCUGGAAACGGAGCGUGACUAUGUUCACCAUUUGCAAAACCUCCAAGCGCUUAAGAAGGAACUGGAGGAAACAGGCGCUUUAACAGGCGACGCUAGCCAUCAGAUUUUCCUCAACCUAAACAACCUGCUUGACUUCGCCCAACGAUUCUUGAUUCGCAUGGAACAACACUAUGCCCUGCCUGAGGAAUUACAGAACUGGGGUCAGCUAUUCUUCUCCCACGAAGAUGCCCUGCGACAGUAUGAACCAUUCAUUGCCAACCAGAUGCGCUGUGAUGAAGUAUGCAUGCAGGAAUGGGACAAAAUUAAAAACGCGCCUCGCCAUGUGGAUCUGCAACAAAUGGUUGCGCAGCCCAAAACACUGAAUGGUUUCUUCGUGAAACCUUUCCAGCGCUUGACUCGAUACCCGCUAAUGCUCUCGGAGCUGCGCAAGCAACUAGAAGAUACCCAGAUGCAGGAGGAUAUAACUCAUGCCAUCGAUUGUAUCCAACAGGUGCUUGAUUAUGCCAACGAGGCUAUCCACAAAGAACAUCUUGCUGCAGCAGUGGUCGAUCUUUCUGAGCGUGUGGAUGACUGGAAGGCUUUGAAGAUGGAUACUUUUGGAACGCUCCUCCGAUUCGGCACAUUCCAGGUCGUGAAGGGCGAUAGUGGCAAGGAUAACGAAAGAGAGUACCACAUCUACCUCUUCGAGCGUAUUUUACUGUGCUGCAAAGAUAUUAACCCCAAUAAGCAGAAGACCAAACUCAUGAUGCAGAAAGAUCGACCAUCUCUGAACGCGAAAGGCAAAGCUCGUCUGCAAUUGAAGGGUCGGAUCUACAUGGCCAACGUCACAGAUAUUGUCUGCCUUCAAAAGCCUGGUAAGCAUGGACCGUCGAGACUUUAUCGAAUCCAGAUCUUCUGGAAAGGAGACCCGGGCGUGGUGGAUAAUUUCAUCAUCCGUUAUGCCAAUGAAGAUACCAUGCGCAAUUGGUAUAAGGACAUUGACACCCAGCGUGCGAUCCAGGCGGAGCGUCGUACUUUGCGCAACACCGGUACAUCUGACAGCGAGUUCACCUACAUGGAAGGCAUGGGCAACAUGCCCAACCCGUACCAGCAAGAGUACGAUACCGAUGACCCCAGCAAAGACCAGUUCUCUUCUGAAUUCACCAUGAGCCGGAAUGCAUCCAGCACUAGCCUUCGGACUCGGUCUGCCACCGGUGGCAGCACCAGCUCUGUGCCCCACCCUAACGGCCGGCCACGCUAUACGGGCAACGACCCAACGCUCUCUGUCCAUACUCAGUUCUCUGGAAAUGGCAGCAUGUCACCUGGUGACCGGAACAUGAACUCCUACUUUUCACCCACUGAAACUCCAUCCACGCGGUCAAGUUCUCAAUCCGGAUUCUCCUUUGGCCGCCAGAACACCAACUCCAGCUCUACAUCCAUGGUCUGGAAUGAGGAGUCCAAUCGAUACACCGCGCCAGCGUUGUCUCGUGUGGCCUCGCGAGAAGGUUCCACCUCUGGGGGAUAUUUCCCCCCUCAGGCCAACGGUCGCGGUGCUCAGCGUCCAUCAUUGCCUCCGCUCACAGGCUCCCAGGCCGCUCAUGCUGCUAAUGGCAUGGCUCAACGGAUGCGAUCGGCCAGUAGCCCCGACAUUCACCACCACAACAAUUCUUCCGAGUCCCGUCGUUACAUGGGAGUUCAUACUAUGCAAACUGUCGACAAUGUCCCAGUUCCACCGAUUCCUGCACACAUGGCCAACAUGAAAGCGCCUGUCAACCGCAGCCAGAACAACUCACCCACCAGUUCGCUUCCUCUUCGGACCCAGCCAUCCCUGCACACGACGCACUUCAAUGAUCCCGAAUAUAACGACCCUCGUCACUCCGGGCAGCUUUCGGACCAUGCCACCUCUCCAUUGACCCAAGAGCCCGAGGGAGGCGACGGAUACAUGCCUACCCAACUCAAGGCCAAGGUCAACUUUGAGGAUAAUUACGUUACGCUGGUGAUUGCCACCAACAUCUUGUUCCGGUCCUUGACGGACCGGGUGGACGCCAAGUUGGCUCGGUUUACCGAUCGAUCCAUUGGGAACAAGACGGUCCGCCUGCGCUACCGCGACGAGGACGGUGAUUUCGUGACGAUCGACAGUGACGAGGCUGUCCAGCUCGCGUUUAUGGAAUGGAAAGAGCAGCAUCGCGAUAUGCUUGCCAAGGGCUUGGUGGGAGAGAUCCAACUCUACUGUCAGUAUUCUUAUCCUGAGACCCAGGUAUCGACAUGUCGUUCUCCGGCCGCCGCCUUAGUCUCCUGCGCCCCUCUGACAACCGCCGCUCUUCCGCAGCCAAGGACCUCUCCACCAACGGUACGUGCAGUGGCACCUAACGCAACCCCCGGCCUAAACCCCUUGCUAGAGCUUCACUCCGAAACGCACCGGCAGUUCCGUGCCGCCCACGAAGGCCACCGUCCUCACGCCGGUCUCGAUGCGUCCCGCGCCUCCACCGGUGUAGUCUGGUGCACGGAGCGUGCUUCCGAACAUGGCUACGCCGAAGAUCCCUCCGGCUGGGCCAAUCUAGGCCAGGGUGCUCCAGAGGCUGACGACGAGAUCGAGGGCAGCUUCCCUCGUCCCACGUCGAUCCCUAUCGCCUCUGCGUCGCGGGAGUACGGCCCGACCGCCGGUAUCAAGCCGCUGCGUGCCGCUGUCGCUCGUCUGUACAAUGAUCACUAUCGCCAGGGCAAGGAGAGCCAGUAUACAUGGGAGAAUGUCUGCAUUGUUCCCGGUGGUCGCGCCGGGUUGAUUCGCAUUGCUGCGAUCCUGGGUAACUCGUACCUGUCCUUCCCUAUUCCCGACUACUCGGCGUACUCCGAGAUGCUGAGCUUGUUCAAGAAUAUUGCUCCUAUUCCUAUUCCCCUCUCGGCCGACGACCACUACCAUAUUCACCCCAAUAAGAUCGCUGAGGAAAUCGCCCGCGGCACCCAGGUUCUUUUGACCUCUAACCCGCGCAAUCCUACCGGACAUUUCGUGUCCGAGGAGGAGCUUAUCGAGAUCCAGGAUCUCUGCCGUGACCGCGCCACUCUCAUCCUGGAUGAGUUCUACGGUGGUUAUAACUACACGACUGAUUGCGAUGGAUCGACAAUCAGUGGUGCUGCCAACGUUGUCGACGUCGACAAGGAUGACGUCCUCCUCAUCGACGGUAUGACCAAGCGCUUCCGUCUCCCAGGCUGGCGCAUCGCGUGGGUCGUCGGACCCAAGGAAUUCGUCAACGCCCUCGGCUCCGCAGGCUCCUACCUAGACGGUGGAGCCAACGUUCCCUUCCAGGAAGCCGCUAUCCCCAUGCUCGAGCCCAAGCUGGUACACACAGAGAUGCGGGCACUGCAGUCGCACUUCCGCGAGAAGCGCGACUACGUCCUGAAGCGUCUGCACGAGAUUGGAUUCCGGGUCCAGGACGUGCCCCAGGCCACUUUCUACGUCUGGUUGGAUCUGACUUCUCUGGACCCCCCUCUGCCUCCCCAGGCUAAUAUCUCGGACGGAUUGAACUUCUUCAAUGCCCUCCUCACUGAGAAGGUCAUUGUUGUGCCUGGUAUCUUCUUCGACUUGAACCCGGCUAAGCGUCGUGAUCUCUUCGAUAGUCCUUGCCACCACUUCGUGCGUCUCAGCUACGGUCCUAAGAUGGAUGUGCUGAAGAUGGGUCUGGAUGGCAUCGAGCGUGUCAUUAACCGUGCGCGCGAGCUGGGUGUCUCCAAGUGGGAGGAUGAGGUUGCGAUUUCGGAUGAUUAG